UCACGAUUAUCACGUUUAUUCAUAUUCCGGUGGAAAACUGAUAUUCCUUCGUUUCAUUUCAGGCUUAAGCUCGCCCACAACAUCUCCACCUCCUUGGGUCAGAUGCAUGAGAUGGGGUUCCUCAUGAAUGACCUCAAGGACGACAACUGCCUCUUAAGGAAGACCCAGGCUGGUCAGUGGGAGGCAGUGAUCAUCGACUUUGGACUCGUCUCUCCAAGGACGAAGCCUUUCUUCUGUCUACUUUCUGAUGAUAAGAAAGAAAAGUACAGGAGAAAUGAAAACUUCGUCCACCUCGCUCCUGAGUGCGCCCUUGAUGAUGAGGCCACAACCACCAUGAGCGAUGUCUACCAACUUGGACGACUUCUAAAGUUGAUGGGAGAUGAAACUGACAUCGCUGAGCUUAACUCCAUUGGUGUCAUGUGUAUGCAGACCCCUCCCACUAGUCGACCGACCAUCGAAGAUGUCGUCGACUUGUUGGAGUGUAUGAUGUAAAAAGGCACUGUUUUAGAAAAAAAAGAUGUUGCGAUUUAGGUUUUGCCAUUGCUCAAAGGGAAGAUGUUUCAUAGCAUUGUCUACUGGGUUCAUAUUUCAACUUUUAUUUUAACAUAAAAUUUACAAGUUUCGGGGGAAUGUUAAAAAAACUAAUUUUAAUCUUGACAUAAUAUAAUAAAAAAUAUAUAAAAGUUAUUUUAGGGGGAUGGGCAAAAACUCACUGGAAACAUUAAAUGAUUAUUUUCUUAAACAAAAUAGGGGGAAAACUCACUACAAACUUGAAUUAUAUUUUUAAAAUUCAGGGAUAAAAAGAAGGUUUGGUGAAAGUUGUUUUAAAGAAAG